AUGAAAAUGAACUAUCAUCUAUCAACUAGUAGUUACACUACCAGUAUGUUAUCAUGUACGGUGUUAGAUGAUGACAUAAGGUAUGAGAAACUGUCAUGGAAGUUAGACGAAGCUGAAAUGCAAGGAUUGAUAAUGUAA